AUGCACUUCGUAUCUACCCUUGCCCUUCAAACCGGUCUCGAUCGUCGUAUUAUCUACAUUGCGCGUUUUGUGGUCCAAGUCGCCAAGUGGUGCUGCCGCUUUAAUGGUAGCGAUGGAACUAUUGUUGAUGUUGCAAGCACGCCAUUGGCUAAAAUCAGUCGUUGUAUGCGAAAACUCUCAGGUGGCUUGCACGCUCUGCUCAGCCUCCUACGUUGGGAGCACGCAGUGUGGCAGGAGCAUCUGGGACAGGGUGAGCGACUGCCCUCGGCUUCGCAGGUUCACUCUACCACUCCACCGAGCGCUGGCAACCAUCACCACCACAAC